AUGUCGAAACUCUCAGGCGACAUCCCCAUUCUCCCACCAAUUCCUCUGGCGAGCGAGACGCCCAAGCCGCAACAGGGACAGGGAUCUGGCCACCAUAAGCCUGAUACACAGCCGCCGUCACAGCCACAGAGCCCUACGGGAGACUACCAGCCCCACGGCGGUCACCGCAGGGUGCCUCGCCAUCGCUUUCUUACUCCGGCCGAGUGGAACAUCAUCGCCAGCGGCAUUGGCGGCGUGCGAGACUCGGAGAGCCAUAAACCUGUCCGUCCAGGCUGA